AUAUGCUCUUCUGCUGAGCCUUAUAUAUACAUAUGUACAUAUCAAAUAAGGUUGAGAGGUUCAAUCUUCUCACCAUAACUAGGGGUUUUUUUUUUUCUUUCUUCCUUUUUGGCCAUUUUUUCUAAGUUUAGUCCAAGGAGAGAUUUAUUGAUGGUUAAAGCCUGUUGUGUUAUGGAUCCAGAAGCUGCACGAACUGCCCGAGAAUCUCUAGAUCUGGCAUUUCACAUGUCAAAUAUUCUUGAUACGGGUCUUGAUCGGCAUACUCUUUCGGUCCUCGUUGCUCUCUGUGAUUUGGGUUUAAACCCUGAGGCUUUGGCUGCUGUUGUCAAGGAACUUCAAAGAGAAGCUCCACCAUCAACCCCGUUUUCAUCUUCUUCAUCACAAGUACCUUAACUUUGGAGUUCGGUAUUUUCUAGUAAACUUACGAGUAAUGCCUUAGAAGUUUGAGUUUUAAUUUGUUUUGGUUGAUGUCUUUCAGUAGAAACUUUCUUAGGUUUUCUCAUCUCGAACACGAUUGUGCUUAGUGUUCACCUUGUGCUUAGUCUCUGUAUCUAAUUUGAUCUUACAUACUAUGUUUGAUCAAUUAUAUAUUCACUCUUGUGAACUGUCUUUUCUUCUUUAUCUUGGAGCUUUUGUUGCCGGAUGUUGUAUUUGGUGUGGAAUUUCAUAGAAUUGGCUGCUAUAGUGUAUUUUAAUUAAUGGAAUGUUUAAACUCA